UACACAUGUACUGUUCUUCUGCACUCCAGCAUCUCUCACCGUUGAUUUCAUGAUCUGAUCUAAAUCCAACGACCUCAAUCCAGUCGGCCGAUAUCACACACCGCACUAGAACACCCCCUUUUACAUUUUCUCAUAAAUAUUCCUCACGAGGUGCUUACGUGCAAAUGGCAGAGCAUUAUUCCUCCAGCCUUGGUCAGCCAUUCCGUUCCGCUAGAUACCUGACCGAAAUGGACCAACUUAUUAUUCGGCUUGCUUACCAACCGAAAUGAAUCGAUAUUCGACCAAAUCCGAUUACAAAUGAUUUUUUUCUGAUCUUUACUUCACUUGAUCAAAUCCUUCGUAAAAUCCAACCGAACAUCAUUCAUUCCUUGGUUGCACGAGUUUACGGUUUCGGCCGAUUUCGAAUCAAUUUGGUUCAUAACUGAGUCAGCUCAUUUCAACUCUUAAAGGUGAAUUGUUUUUCCCGGGAGCAGAUCACGUUAACUCAAUAAAAAUCCAACACAUUAACGAUUCCUUCUUUUUUUCUCGAAAAAGUUUUAAUUUUCGUUUCUUUAAUCUUUAACCGAUGAUUUCUCACUCGUUUUAAGUCAGAAUUAAUUUUUUUCACAGUUAGAUCAAAUUAAUUUUGCUCUUCAAAAUGAUAUCCACUUUGAUAUUUUUUGGAAAACAAAUUUGUCAGUUAUUACCAGUCUAUACCAUAUGGUAUUGACUGAUAUUAAAUAAGAGCAUACCAUACAGUAUGAAAAAUACCACCACAUACCAGGGUGGAAUAGUAUAUGGUAUAGAGUUGGUAAUGAGUGAUAUGAAAUAUUUUCACCCAUAAUUUUUUUAAACCCAAUAGAUCAUGAUUAAAUCGUUCCUUCUGUGCAAAAAUUUCCGAAAACGGCUUAAAAACGAAAGAGAUAACAUAUGGUAUGAAGUUGGUAACGAAAGGUAUGUAAUUUUUUUCCUCAAAAAAUAUUGAAAAUGGAUAUAAUUUUGUAGAGCACAACGAACUCGUUCCAUCUGUGCAAAAAAAGUUGAAAUUCGAGUUAGAAUAAAGAAGAUAUGAUCCAAAGAAAAAUAGAGAAAAUAAAUUUAUUUAAUUCUUCACCUUUAGAUCUUCAGCCACUUAAAAGAAUGGUCCAGAUUUGAUUACUCGUAAUUAUACAGUAUACACCGUAAAGUUAUACACCUGAGCCAUUUUUUUUUCAAUUAUCGAUAAUAAUUCUGAUUUGAAUAUUUAAAUAUUUUUGUCUGGUUCCUUCCUUCUUCUGUUAUCUCUUCUGGAGUCUCUCCAGCUCUCGCACACACCUUCCUACUGUCUCGCCACCGACUCCCACGAAUCUCAAUCGCCCCACGAUUUUCCAUUUAUUUACAAUCCCGCCACUCUUCCCAUUCCCUUUCUCCAUUUCUCUCUCAGCUCCGGCGCCCGGCAGGCAGCGCCAUUAUCAUCGCCACGCGCUUUCCCGUCCCCGCGGUCUUCAUUUUUCCGGUGAGUCGCCCGGCAAUUUCCUUCUCCGGCUGGUGUGGGGACUCGUGAACGAGUCAAUAUGCUGGAGCGGUGCCUCGGCCAGCAGCGAGUCCGCCGGAUCCAACGCGCGGUCCGCCAUGCCAAAGUCACAUUCCUCUGCCUCUUCAUGACCGUCGUCGUCAUGCGCGGGAUGCUCGGCGCCGGGAAGUUCGGGACUCCAGCUCAGGACCUCGACGAUCUGACGACUCACUUCUACGCCUCCAGGAAGCACGCCGAGCCCCACCGCGUGCUCGUCGAGGCGCAGCCGGAGAACGAGAACGAGAACCAGAACAACGACCCGAAGAACUACGCGACGUUCGAUUUCAACAAGAUCUUGAAGGACGAAGGGGGCGAGGACGAGAAGCCCGAUCCGAACAAGCCGUACACGUUGGGGCCGAAGAUUUCCGAUUGGGACGAGCAGCGAGGCGAGUGGCUGAAGAGAAACCCUAAUUUCCCCAAUUUCAUCCGCGAGAACAAGCCGCGGGUGCUCCUGGUGACCGGAUCUUCCCCCAAGCCCUGCGAGAAUCCCGUCGGCGACCAUUAUCUGCUGAAAUCGAUUAAGAACAAGAUUGAUUACUGCCGGCUCCACGGGAUCGAGAUCUUCUACAACAUGGCCUUGCUCGAUGCCGAAAUGGCCGGGUUUUGGGCCAAGCUGCCGUUGAUUAGGAAGCUGCUGCUGUCGCAUCCGGAGGUCGAGUUCCUAUGGUGGAUGGACAGUGAUGCUAUGUUCACCGACAUGGCCUUCGAGCUGCCGUGGGAGAGGUAUAAGGAUGUGAAUCUGGUGAUGCACGGUUGGAACGAGAUGGUUUACGAUCAGAAGAACUGGAUUGGGCUGAACACAGGUAGCUUUCUGCUGAGAAAUAACCAAUGGGCGUUGGAUCUUCUCGACGCCUGGGCGCCGAUGGGGCCGAAGGGAAAGAUUAGGGACGAAGCUGGGAAAAUCCUUACACGGGAGCUGAAAGGAAGACCCGUUUUCGAAGCCGACGAUCAGUCCGCCAUGGUUUAUCUGCUUGCUACGCAGAGGGAUACUUGGGGGAACAAGGUCUAUCUAGAGAGUGGUUACUAUUUGCACGGUUACUGGGGGAUUUUGGUUGAUAAGUACGAGGAAAUGAUUGAGAAUUAUCACCCGGGCUUCGGCGAUCAUCGAUGGCCAUUGGUGACUCAUUUCGUGGGUUGCAAGCCUUGUGGGAAGUUCGGCGACUACCCGGUGGAGAAAUGCUUGAAGCAAAUGGAUCGUGCUUUCAACUUCGGCGACAAUCAGGUUCUGCAGAUAUAUGGGUUCACCCACAAAUCCCUGGCCAGUAGGAGAGUGAAACGAGUUCGUAACGAGACGGGCAAUCCUCUGGAAGCGAAGGACGAUCUCGGGUUGAUGCACCCUGCUUUCAAAGCUGUGAAGGUAUCAUCAUCUUCUUGAGAUGAAGAAAAAAGGGGAGGUCUUCUUUUUUGCUUAGGUAAUGUAAUGAAUGUAUUGCAGACUCGAUGUUUUUUUUUUUUGCUUCUAAUUUAUUCAAACUGAUACAGGAUGAUUCUAUUCUACAAUGUAAGUGCUUCUGUUUUUUCAGCUUGAGGUGGUGGUGGGAUGGCAAGGCAACAGAUCAAAAUUUUAUUGUAUUCCCUUGUUUACACCUUUUGUGAUUCUUGCUUUGUUAAUUUAGUUCCAUAUGUUUUCUUUUGCCUUUCUCAAGGGGAUGCGCCAAAUUUUUGGAAAGAAAAACAGUGAGGGAAAAAGUGAAAAGAACAGAGCUCUUUGACAAUCUAACUGUUUGUUCCUCUUUGGUGUGUUGGAAUGUAGCUCUAGACCUGCAUAUGGCGUAAAAAAAUGUUUGCUUUACCUUCUGUAGCCAUUAGAUCAGAUUAUGGCUUGGCCUAGAGGAGCUAGAUCUAUUGUUUUGUGUGCUGCAGAUAUGCAACUAUGUCGUUAGGCCGAAUGUUGAAUAAGAGUGGUACAUUAGAGUAUGGGAUAGGGGUCCGGUGCUCGGGUUGUUAGGUCGGUCCAGUCAGUUAUUGAAUCGCAAUUCUUGUUGUUUGAGCUAGUUUGGGAAGGAUCAUCUCGUCGAAGGUCAGUCAGUCUCUUCAGAAUGCGUGCUGCUUCUAAGAUCGAUGUAACUGGAGUUUGUUUUGUGUGAACUGGAGCUUGUUAGUAAUGGGAGUAUGGAGCUUGUUAGCACUGGUCUUCGAACAGUCUUUGUAAGGUACAAGUCUAUGAGCUGAGGUAGCUGGAAAAUUUCCCCCCAGUCAUGGCUGCAGCAUUUCAAGUUCGCUUCUGUAGCUCCAUCAGAGAUUCGUCGUUGUUGUCAUCAUCAUCAUCAUCAUCAUCAUCUUGGUGUUGGUUGAACUUCCAUACGACCGUGAGCAAGCAGAUGUACAAGAUCUGAUGGAAGAGUUGUUGAUUAGCUUGUUCUGCUCUUCAUAUUUGCGGGUAAGGCGGUUUAUGCAUGUUGUUCUAAGCUGGAAAUGUUGCUGACCAACUGUCAGAUUCUGGACCGAAAACUGAAACUGAUCAGUCCCUUGAGCUACACUCCUCUAGCUCAGCUGUUAAAAGUAAUCUAGAUGUACGUUAUCGUUCAAAUAGCAGCUGGUUUCUGAACAUCAGGCUGUGUUCUUGGAUGUUUAUCGUCUAUAUAAACCCAUCACAUCUCAAUUCUCAACCGCGUCGAACAUUUCCUCUCAAAUUUCUACCCAAGGUAGAGACAUCUGAUCAUGAGGAAGGUGGCUGUGGCACUAGUCGUCAUCCUGCUCAUGAUCAAGGCCACCAUGAGAAGUAGUAGUAAACAAGUCCGUCGCUCAGCCUCAACUAACGAUGAGAGUGGCGACUGUUACCAGAGCAGCUCGACAGGCGAUGGUGUUGUUAUAAGCGUGAAAGUUGUAAUGCAACGCCUGGUGUCUGGUGGUGACGUCGUCGAGCCAUUGUCACGUUGGGAAUGUGAAGGUAAGAGUCUCUCAGUUUCCGGCCCAUAUGUUUUGCACACUUUCUGGCCCAUGUUUCCGUGUGUUGGCUUCUGUUUCUGUUUUUUCAAAAAAAACAAAAAAAAAACAAAACAAAAAAACAAAAAAAAAAAAUCUAAUUUUUUAUUUUAUAGAUUCUGUUUUACUAAGCUUAGCACCAUGACAAAUGAUCAUCUCGUAUGCGAUUAAGUUGAAGUUUAAUCUUUGUUCAUAAGAAUGGGACUUGCCGUGUGACAAGUUGUUUACUUGUAGUACCGGUUGUCUUGGCGAACGGAUAUGAACUAAUCGUUACCGAUUUUUUUACUUUGUAAGAAGUUAAUAAUAAGUAUCAAUUGUAGUUAUACAUAGUUAAAGAAAGAUGGUAUUCAAUUCGUGAUUUUUUACACUUGAUGAACUCGACAACCGAACAUGGAAUGUAUGAAUAAGGAUUUAUUGGUUCA